UUCCCCCUCUUGGUUUCUUAUUGUUUUUUAAGAUUUUGAUUGAUUUUGACCCAUAGUUUGGUCAUACAUUGGAACCCAUUACAUCAAAACAUCAAAAAAAGUUGAGAAUUGAAGGGUUUGAUUUAUGGGAAAUUGUUGUGUGACGCCAUCUCUUGAAACAGAGAAGAAAAAGAAGGGAAAAAAACAAAACCCAUUUGCUAUUGACUAUGGUACAAACCGCACAGUUGGAAAUGGUGGUUACAAGUCCUAUGUAUUGGACAACCCAACUGGACAUGAAAUAGAGCAGAGAUACGAGCUGGGUCGCGAGCUCGGGCGCGGUGAAUUCGGGGUUACCUAUUUGUGUACUGAUAAAUCUUCUAAGGACGUGUUUGCUUGCAAAUCAAUAUCCAAGAAGAAGCUGAGGACUAGAGUGGAUAUUGAGGAUGUGAGGAGGGAGGUUGAGAUCAUGAAGCAUAUGCCACCAUAUCCUAAUAUUGUCACCUUGAAGGACACUUAUGAGGAUGAUAGUGCUGUCCACUUGGUGAUGGAGCUAUGCGAGGGGGGUGAAUUGUUCGAUCGAAUUGUUGCUAAGGGGCAUUACACCGAAAGGGCGGCUGCAGCUGUGACUCGAACAAUUGUCGAAGUUAUUAUGAUGUGUCACAAGCAUGGGGUCAUGCAUCGGGAUCUCAAACCUGAGAACUUCUUGUUCGCUAACAAGAAGGAAACAGCGGACUUGAAGGCAAUUGAUUUUGGGCUGUCGGUGUUCUUUAAACCUGGUGAGAGAUUUAAUGAGAUUGUGGGAAGUCCCUACUACAUGGCUCCUGAGGUGCUGAAACGGAAUUACGGUCCAGAAGUUGAUGUCUGGAGUGCUGGAGUAAUCCUUUAUAUCUUACUUUGUGGUGUCCCACCAUUUUGGGCAGAGACUGAACAAGGAGUUGCCCAAGCAAUCAUUCGUUCUGUUGUGGAUUUUAAGAGGGACCCUUGGCCCAAAGUUUCUGACAAUGCGAAAGACCUUGUAAAGAAGAUGCUUAACCCUGAUCCUAAGCAGCGGCUUACUGCUCAGCAGGUGCUAGAUCAUCCUUGGUUACAAAACGCCAACAAGGCUCCGAAUGUUUCUUUAGGUGAAACUGUUAGAGCAAGGCUCAAGCAAUUUUCUAUGAUGAACAAGCUCAAGAAACGAGCUCUAAAGGUGAUUGCUGAGCAUUUGUCAGUGGAGGAAGUGGCGGGCAUAAAGGAGGGAUUCCAAUUGAUGGAUACCAACAACAGAGGGAAGAUCAACAUCGAUGAACUAAGAGUUGGAUUGCUGAAGCUUGGCCAUCAGAUGCCUGAUUCAGAUCUCCAGAUUCUUAUGGAAGCUGGCGAUGUAGAUAAGGAUGGACAUUUGAACUAUGGGGAGUUCGUAGCUAUUUCAGUUCACCUCAAAAAGAUGGGCAAUGACGAUGAUCACCUUCACAAAGCCUUUGAAUUCUUUGAUCAAAACCAAAGUGGGUAUAUAGAGAUUGAAGAACUAAGGGAUUCCUUGGCUGAUGAAGUUGAGACCAACAACGAAGAAGUCAUUAAUGCCAUCAUUCAGGACGUUGACACAGACAAGGAUGGCCGUAUAAGUUAUGAGGAGUUUGCUGCGAUGAUGAAGGCUGGUACGGAUUGGAGAAAAGCGUCGAGGCAGUAUUCACGAGAGCGGUACAAUAGUCUGAGCUUGAAAUUGAUAAAAGAUGGAUCCUUGAAGAUAAGGAACGAGGGUAGAUAACUACGAAAAAGACAACGCCAUAAAAAAAAAUGAUGAAAAUUUGAACGAAAGAUCUUUUGGUUUUGUUGGCUUACGAAUUAUUAUUUUUCUUCUUCUUUUCCAUUCAUAGAAGAAAGAAAAAAUGAAAAUUAUCUUCAAAGAUCCUGUUUGAGGAUAAGUAGGGUUUGUGAGUGUUGAAUGUGUUUCUUCUCAAGUGCUUCUAUAUUUGUUUGGAUAGAAAAGGAGUGUGAAUGUGUGAUGAAGGUGGUCUAGCAAGUGGGUUAUUUGUGAUUGUAAAUAUUUUGACAUAUAUACCUCCAUUAAAUAGUCGAAGCUACUACUUUUGUUUCGUCAA